AGUAUCUGGCCAUUCUUACCCUCACUGUUUUUCUCUCAGCUGAGGCUCAACCAGAACACAAAGAUUUCUCAAUCACUGGAUGUUCUGAAACCGAGAAAGAGUCUAUGACUGGAUCUGACGGAGAGGAGGUGUGGCAUGCUGACUUUAAUCAGAAGACAGGAGUAGUUACAUUGCCUGAUUUUGCAGAUCCUACGAGCUUUCCAGGAUUUUAUGAAGUGAGCCUGGGAGACCAAGAAGUAUGCAAACAAAACUUGGCUGUACUCAUAAAAGCUUACAAGAGCCCACCAGAGGAAAUGGAACCCCCUGAGACGUCCAUCUAUCCAAGGAACGAUGUGCAGCUGGCUGUUGAAAACACGCUCAUCUGUCACGUGACAGGCUUCUUUCCUCCACCUGUCAAUGUCUCAUGGACUAAGAACAAUGUCGUUGUGACGGAAGGCGUGAGUCUGAGUCAGUACCGACCGAGGAGCGAUGGAACCUUCCACGUGUUCUCCUCUCUGAAGAUCACUCCUGAAGAGAGAGACAUUUACAGCUGCACAGUGAACCACCGAGCCCGCAGACCAAAAUAUGGAGCGUCCCGGAGGUGGCUGCUGUCCUGCCCAGCGUGGGUCCGGCAGUCUUCUGUGGAGUGGGAUUAACUCUGGGGCUGCUGGGAGUCGCUACUGGACUCUUCUUCCUUAUUAAAGCAACUACAACUGACACGCCAGAUAUGGCCAAAAACAUAAAACAU